AAAAAAAGCCCUCAGACUUAUUAACACGUGUUUUCUCUAUUCUCGCGGCAAAAGGCCGACCUUUUAAAAACCCUCUCAGUCUUUCACUUCAUAAACUCCUCUCCUCUAUCAAAACCCAAAAACCCCCAAAAAUGGCGAGAGACAGAGAUUCAAGGAGAGAGAAACACGAGAGAGAAGACAAAGAUGUCGUCGUAGGAAGAGACAACGACAAGAAAUCCAAACGACAUGCCGAGGAAUCCGAGGAUAAUACUGAAUCAACCAUGGCUUCCGAAGACGAACAACCUAGGAAGAAGCACAGUAGUGGCAAAAGUAGGAAGCGAACUUCAUCGAAACGACGUCGUUACAGCGAUGAUGAUUCGGAAUCGGAUUCGGAUUCUGAGUCGGAAUCUGAAUCGGAGUCGGAUUCGGAGUUGGGUUCCGAGGGGAGCGAAAGCGAUAGCGAGGAGGAGAGGAGGAGGAGGAGGAAGAGGAAGAGGAGAGAAAGGAAGAAGAGAGAGGAGAGAGAGAGGAAAAGGAGGAGGAGAGAGAAAGAGCGGAAGAAGAGAAAAAGAGGGGAAGAUGAUGAUGAUAGUGAUGAUGAUAAGGGGAAAAAGAAGAAGAAGUCGAAGAAGAAGGAUAAAGAUAAGAGCAAGAAGAAGGAGAAGGGGAAGACUGGAGCUGUUACCAGUUCAUGGGGAAAGUAUGGAAUUGUUAGAGAAGCUGAUAUGUGGAAUAAACGACCAGAAUUCACAGCAUGGCUUGCUGAAGUAAAGCAGGUGAACCUUGAAAGCCUACCGAACUGGGAAGAGAAAAAAAUGUUCAAGGAAUACAUGGAGGACUACAAUACUGGUACCUUUCCUUCCAAAAAGUACUAUAACCUUGACAUAUAUCACAGAAAUAAAAUGGAAAAAGAGAUGAAGAAGGGUUUUAAAAAGGUCGUGCAAACGGAGCGCACUGUAUUUAAUGAUGAAGAACAGCGUCGACACGAGAUGAUGCAAGUUCGCGAGAAACAAAAGGAACAAGAGGUGGAAGCAUUGAAGGAUGCCAUGAAGAGUGGCAUGGCACAAGCAAUGAUAGAACAAGCUCGGCUCAAGGAGGAAAUGGCGUAUUUGUUUAAAAUCGGAAACAUUGAGGCAGCAACUGCUAUCCAAAAAAAAUUGGACCCUGAUGUUCCUAUGUGAAGAGGAAAGCAGCAAAAUCUUGUAGAAGCUUUUAACUGGCAGGUGUGAUGCUUUUUACCAUAAAUAUUCUGAGAGGUGUAGUUGGGCUGGAGCUGCAGGCGAGAGAUAAGAAUAGAUUGUAACAAUUGUUUUUUAGGAUGCUUAUCUAUUUUUGGAGCUGUAUUUGUUGUCAAUUGGGCACUUUUAUUUGAAAUAAGAUGCAGACAUUUGCAAGUGCUGAGUAACUUGAGUAUGAAUUCGUCUAAAAUUUGUGAGGCAGGUAUUUCCUUAUUUUUUGUAGAUGUGCAGACAGAUACAAUGUAAGGUCUUGUGUUUCUAGCUUAUACUAUUUCCAUAAUAUCUUCUUUUGA